AUGAUAUCUCCAGAGGGACUCCGGCGAGGGUUUCUCCUUUACUGGCUGACCUUCUUGCCUCUACUGGCGCUGUACAGCGGCCAGGUCUGGUCUGCCGCGGCAGCGGAGCAAACCGGCGGCGCCACCAGAUUCGACUUCGGGAUGCUCUCUCUCACGAAUCUGAAGCUCCUCGGAGACGCCCACCUGAAUAAAGGCAGCAUCCAACUCUCCCCGGACCUCCCCGUCCCCAACAGCGGCGCCGGCCGCGCGCUGUACGCGAGGCCCGUGCGGUUCCGGCACGAGGCCACCCGCCUCCCCCUCUCCUUCUCGACCUUCUUCUCCUUCUCCAUCACUCACCUCAACCCGUCCUCCAUCGGCGGCGGCCUCGCCUUCCUGCUCUCCUCCGACGACCGCCGCGUGGGCGACGCCGGCGGCUUCCUCGGGCUCAUCAACGGCAGCGCCGUCGCGCUCGAGGACGGCGCCAUCGUCGUGGCGGUUGAGUUCGACACGCUGAUGGACGUCGAAUUCAACGACAUCAACGGGAACCACGUCGGCGUGGACCUCAACAGCAUGGUCUCCACCGAGGUCGCCGACCUGGACGCCGUCGGUGUAGACCUGAAGAGCGGCGACCUCAUCAAUGCCUGGAUUGAGUACAACAGCACCGCUCAAAUCUUCCGGGUCUACGUCUCCUACGCCACCGUCCGCCCCGCUGAGCCUGUCAUCUCCCUCCCCAUUGACCUGGGUCGCUUCGUGAACGAUUUCAUGUACGUAGGGUUCUCUGGCUCCACUCAGGGAAGCACCGAGGUUCACAGCAUCGAAUGGUGGAGCUUUGCGGCCGCCGGAUCCCCCGCUUCCUCGGCCGAGUUCUCCCCUGCGACGGCGCCGCCUCCGCCGGACUCGCCUGCCCCGCCGCCAAAUGCAGUCUCCCCUUCAAUCUCUGUGUCCGUGGCAAAGGCGAGCCCGAAACUCUCGUCGUCGUCGUCGUCUUCCUGCCAAAGCAAUGGUCUCUGCAGACAGGGCCCGGCGGCUGUCGCAGGGGUGGCCACCGGCGGGGCCUUCUUCCUCGCGGUCUGCGCAGGGCUGCUGGUGUGGGCCUACACCAGGAAGCUCAAGUCCGUGCAGAAACCCGACAAUCUGGCGGCGGAGAUCAUCAGAACCCCCCGAGAGUUCGGUUACAGAGAGCUGAGCUCCGCCACCCGCGGAUUCGACCGCGCGAGGAUCAUCGGCCACGGGGCCUUCGGCACGGUCUACAAGGGCAUCAUCCCGGCGACGGGGGCUAUGGUGGCCGUCAAGAGGUGCACAAACAACGGCGGCGGCAGCGACAGGCAGGGGAGAGCCGAGUUCCUAUCAGAGCUCUCCAUCAUCGCCGGCCUCCGCCACCGGAACCUCGUCAGGCUGCAGGGCUGGUGCCACGAGAAGGGGGAAAUCCUCCUGGUCUACGACUACAUGCCCAACGGCAGCCUGGACAAGGCCCUCUACGAACCCAGAUCCUCCGGCGAGGUUCUCUCAUGGCGCCACCGGCGGAGGAUCCUGACAGGGAUAGCGUCGGCGCUGGCGUACCUCCACCGGGAGUGCGAGCGGCAGGUCAUCCACAGGGACGUCAAGUCCAGCAACGUGAUGCUCGACGAGGACUUGCAGGCGCGGCUGGGGGACUUCGGGCUGGCGAGGCAGGUGGAGCACGAUAAGACCCCGGAGGCCACCGUGACGGCGGGCACCAUGGGCUACCUCGCGCCGGAGUACCUGCUGACGGGGAGGGCGACAGAGAAGACGGACGUGUUCAGCUUCGGGGUGGUGGUGCUGGAGGUGGCCUGCGGGCGGCGGCCCAUCGAGAACAGGGCAAGCGGCGGCGGCGCCGCCGCUGGCACGGCGGUGGGGAGCAAUCUGGUGGAGUGGGUGUGGGGGCUGCACGCCGAGGGGCGGCUGCCGGCGGCGGCAGACGGGAGAUUGGCAGGGGAGUUCGACGAGGGGGAGAUGAGGAAGGUGCUGCUGGUGGGGCUGGCCUGCGCCCACCCGGACCAGGCGGUGCGGCCCACCAUGAGGAGCGCGGUGCAGAUGCUCAGCGGGGAGACGGAGCCGCCAUUUUUGCCGGGCUCGAAGCCCUCCAUGAGCUUCGGCAGCACCAGCCACCACCUCCUCCUCAGCUUGCAGGACAGCGUCUCCGACUGCAACAUGAUGACCGCUCUCUCCACUUCCUCCUCUUCCUCCUCCGUCAGCGCCACCCUGAUGAUACCGCGCGGCCCCUAA